AUGGUCAAAGUUGGUUCAUCUCGUGCCGAAACUACAGUUGAAGUUGUAAGCGAAACUCAUCAAAGAAACCAUGUCUCUGGGGAAAGUUUUGAACUAAAGGAUAAGAAAGACUCUACGGUAGUCUUUGAGGAGAAUGUUCCGAUAAAAACUAUCACAGCCAAUUCGAGUGACAAUGAAACAGAAGACCCGUAUAUUUCGAAAAGGCAGGUGAUGAGAGACAUUUUUUCUAAAUACUUGAAGUUUAUUGGUCCAGGAUUAAUGGUUAGUGUGGCUUAUAUCGAUCCCGGUAACUACUCCACUGCUGUUGAUGCAGGUGCGUCCAAUCAAUUUUCGUUGCUCUGUAUCAUCUUGUUAUCGAACUUUAUUGCUAUAUUCUUACAAUGUCUGUGUAUCAAGUUGGGUUCCGUUACAGGUCUGGAUUUGAGUAGGGCUUGCAGAGAGUACUUGCCAAGAUGGCUCAACUGGACAUUAUAUUUCUUCGCAGAAUGUGCAGUUAUAGCUACUGAUAUAGCCGAAGUUAUUGGUACGGCAAUUGCUCUGAACAUUCUGAUCAAGGUCCCACUUCCAGCGGGAGUAGCUAUUACUGUUGUGGACGUAUUUCUAAUAAUGUUUACAUACAAGCCAGGCGCAUCUUCGAUUAAGUUUAUUAGGAUUUUUGAAUGCUUCGUUGCUGUAUUAGUCGUAGGCGUCUGCAUUUGUUUUGCCAUAGAGUUGGCUUACAUCCCAAAGAGUACCUCGAUCAGACAGGUGUUUAGAGGAUUCGUUCCAUCUUCUCAAAUGUUUGAUCAUAACGGUAUUUAUACUGCCAUCUCCAUUCUGGGUGCUACUGUCAUGCCACAUUCCUUAUUUUUGGGUUCUGCGUUGGUGCAGCCAAGGCUUUUAGAUUAUGAUGUUACGCAUGGCCAUUACACUGUCUUAGAGGAUGAACAUAAAAAGAAGGAUUCUAAGUCUGCUGAAAAUAUUAUGGAAGAAAGAUACUUCAAUUAUAGACCAACGAAUGCUGCUAUCAAGUAUUGUAUGAAAUACUCUAUGAUUGAAUUAAGCAUAACUCUCUUCACAUUGGCACUGUUUGUCAAUUGCGCUAUCCUUGUUGUAGCAGGCUCUACAUUAUACGAUUCUCCAGAAGCUGAUGGGGCAGAUUUAUUUACUAUUCAUAAAUUGUUGUCAAGGAAUUUGGCGCCAGCAGCAGGCACGAUUUUCAUGCUGGCGCUUUUAAUGAGUGGUCAAUCUGCAGGUGUUGUUUGUACCAUGGCGGGUCAAAUUGUCAGUGAAGGUCAUAUUAAUUGGAAAUUGCAGCCAUGGCAAAGAAGGUUAGCCACAAGAUGCAUCUCCAUAAUUCCCUGUUUGAUUAUUUCUAUCUGUAUUGGAAGAGAAGCACUGUCAAAGGCAUUGAAUGCAUCUCAAGUUGUUUUGUCCAUAGUUUUGCCCUUUUUAGUGGCACCUUUAAUCUUUUUCACUUGCAAGAAAUCGAUUAUGAAAACAGAAAUUACUAUCGAUCAUACUGAAGAAGGGAACAUUGAUAAACAAAGUAACAAUGACAGAUCUGUGGCUGCAGGCGAUGCAGAAAGCACAGUAGAGAAUAAUAAUACCAGUGACAUGGAACUGGAAAAUGGAAAGGAUGUCAAGGUUGUUAAUAUGGCGAACAAUUGGAUUAUCACUGUGAUUGCUAUUAUUGUGUGGAUCUUCCUAUCAUUAUUAAACGUUUAUGCUAUUGUUCAAUUAGGUAUGUCGCAUGGCGAUGUUAGUUAA